UUGUCUGGCGUGACCAGUUGCGCAGUUGCCACUUCCCCGCAUUCCAAUAACUUAUCCGCAGUUAAUCGCCACACAUUCGCUCAAAAUCACGCAACUCUCGCACAAAACCACCCAACGAAGUGAUUCAAAGUGCCACCAACUCCCACAACCACCAUCCAAAAUCCGGGAAAAGUGGGUAAAAAACCGUGAAAAUUCGGCAACGGCGCUCGUAAACUUGUUUCAUAAACGGAUGUCGGUGCCUCCCAUUCGCUCGACGCAACUACGACAUACGUCGGCGGCCCCAGUCGUGCAACCGCGCGGUGCGCCAUCGCGGGGCACGUCGUAGCUCUUACUUCAGGUCCCUUUUGAUGGUGAGAAUACAGUUUAGUCAGUUUAGGUUAGGUAGUGGGGGUUUUCUGUGAAUCGUGACGAAAAUGGUUGCUCCAUAGUUCGGGAGAUAAGUCGAAGUAGUGGCAUUUUGGUUGUUUUCGCGGGUUUUGUGGCAGUUGUGAUGGCCCAUGGGGCGAAUAUGGUGCUGAAGCGCGAGGGCAAGGCGGGCAUUGGGUCGCGGCGCAUCUUCGCCCCCCAUUUCAAGCUGCAGGUGCUGGACUCGUACAGGAACGACGCCGACUGCAAGGGCAACCAGAGGGCGACGGCCCGCAAGUACGGCAUCCACCGGCGCCAGAUCCAGAAGUGGCUCCAGGUGGAGGGCAACUUGCGCAGCAGCGUGGGCAAGGAGCGGAGCGCCAGACUGCCUGACGACGAGGCCCCCGCGCCCCUCGAUUUCACCACGCGCGCCCGCACCCCGGACCCCGCGCCCAUGGACCUGUCGCUCAAGAGGCCCGCCACAAAGCAGAGCCAGAGCGCACCUGCGGGCCCCCCGCCGUCGCCGCUCCGCGCGCCGUCGCCACUCGGUCUCGCCCGACGGCCGCACCCGGACGUGUGGGACCUCUCCACCAAGCAGCGCAAGGAGGAAGCCCCCAAACCUAAGCUCUUCAAACCGUACCUCGACGAUGACACCCCCAAGCGCGCCGAGUUGCCCCCCUGCUGCGCAGCCCUUUCCGGUUGUUACUACAACAACAACGUCUGCGAUAUCAAGUCCGAAUAUUCGUCGUACACUCUCCACGAGCUCCAACCCUAUUACUACAGCUACCCGUCAGCGUACCAAAGCCCAGAAUACGAAAUGGCGCCCUUCUACGAGGACCCGAAUUACGUCCAAAGUGCGGUGCCGUUGAAACAAAGACACAGCUACAGUCUGGACUUUAAGUUGAGCGCAAUCGAGUGCUAUUACCAGGACUCUGUCUGCAAAGGCAACCAACGGGCGGUUGCCACCAAGUACAACAUCCACCGGAGACAAGUGCAGAAGUGGUUGAAGCAAGCCGACGAAUUGCGGCAGAAGAACGAAACCAUUAAAACCACAACGCAGAUGGUGAGAUAGGACUUGAUCGUAGUUUUAUAUCAUGGUGUUAAGCCUCGAAGAGUCUAACGUACCAAGCAAUAACGAACAUAUCGGGAAUGGCCUCCAUUGUGUAUUGCCUUAUUAAAUAGCUCUUUAGGGAUUUAUUGAUAAUUGUGGGUGCUAUUGUUCAAAUCUUAGACUAGUACAUGAAAUGUUAUUGCUCAGUAUAUAAGUUACUUGUGUGCCUUGUUAGGAGAAACGUGCCAAAAAUGGAAGGCAGCUAUUGCAGAACAACGUUAUCCAUGUCUUCCUUUGCCAUAAUUUUUUGUAAUAUAGUUAUUGUUAAAACUAGAUCAUACUGCCUCUUUAUUUAUUAAUUUAUUUUACUUCAACUUUUUUAUCUUAACGAAUUUAUGUAUAAACAAACAGUCUUGUAUUCAGUCUACUGCAAUUGAUAAUGUGAUUUUUAGACGUAAUUUUAUUUGCUUUCAAACAUUUGUACAUAAACUAAUGAUAUAAUAAGAAUAAUGUGACCUUACAUCUGUAGGUUGUGAGCAAUUAUCGGACGUUUUUCAAAUUGUACAUACAGCUGGCCUGACUAUAAAACGAACUUUUUAUAAAUAUUGUAUUAUUUUAUAUGAGAUAUUUUAUAGAUGAUAUUAAUAAAAAUGUAUAUAUUA